AUGUAUUAUGGGAUUAGACAGAUUGCAGAACCAUACCAUCGAAUACUGAGAAGUUCUUCGAGCCAUUCAUCAUGUCAAUUGGUCAUAUUCGUGUCAUGUUUGAACAUAGAUGCAUUGUGUUCUGCUAAGAUGCUCACCAAUCUUUUCAAAAAACAAUUAGUUCAAUCUCAACUAGUACCUGUAUUUGGUUAUGGUGAGCUAAAGGAUCACUAUUCUAAAUUAGAUGACAAUGUUACCAGUGUAAUAUUCAUUGGAUGUGGUGGUGGGAUAUGCCUUGACGAGUUCUUAGAGCUGGAUGCCGAACAGUUGUUAAUGGAUACUGAUGAUGCUCUGAAGGAGAGGAAAUUCAAUAGGCACAUAUAUGUGUUUGAUUCGCAUCGACCAUGGAAUUUGGACAACAUAUUUGGCUCAGAAAUUGUAAUAUGUCUGGACGACGGGACGGCAGAUGAUUCUUUGCAAAGACAGAAAGAAGCAUAUUUCCAACUAAUACGGCUUGAUGCUGAGAGUGAAGGGCAGGAAGAGGAUGAGGACACUCAGGAGGAUGAAACUGAUGAAGACGAAGACGAAGAUGAGGAUGGUGACGGUAAGAGAUCAAGUUCAGAGGGUCCAUCUAGCAAGAAAGCGAAAAAACAGAGAAAGAGACUGAUAGACGAAUAUGAGACAAUCUUAGAAGAUUAUUACUCACAGGGGACUUCAGUGGUAAAUUCAAUGUCAUUACAGGUUUAUUCAUUAAUAACUACUAUCGGAGAAUCAAAUUUAAAAUACCUCUGGUGGACAAUUUUGGGGACGACUUCGCUAGAUACCGCUUAUCCACAAGUUUACAAUCGAUUAUACCCACUUUUACAAGAUGAAGUUAAGAGACUGUCUCCCAGCCAUCAAGCGGUUAAGACCCCAGAUACUCUAUCCCUCAACAUUCAGCCCGAUUACUACCUUUUUCUAUUGAGGCAUUCAUCACUCUAUGACAGUUUCUACUACUCCAACUACGUUAACGCCAAGCUUUCACUCUGGAAUGAAAAUGGUAAGAAAAGGUUACACAAGAUGUUUGCUCGUAUGGGGAUACCGUUGUCUACUGCCCAGGAAACUUGGAUCUACAUGGAUAAUUCCAUUAAAAGAGAACUAGGUAUAAUAUUCGAUCGAAAUUUGGACAGGUAUGGACUGCAAGACAUUGUACGAGACGGAUUCGUUAGAACUUUAGGUUAUAGAGGUGCCAUUAGUGCAAGCGAAUUUGUAGAGGCACUGACGGCAUUAUUAGAAGUUGGUAACAGCAUUACAAGAGAAACUGGCGAUACUACAGAGGAAGUAAGCGUAAAUUCACAAAAGAGAUGGAUUUCCAAUUUUUGGUUGAGUUGGGAUGCACUUGACGAUGGUAAAGUGGACCUGUUGAACAAGGGAAUUAGACAUGCACAGACUUUACAAAAAGCAGUCUUCAAUACCGGUGUUGCCAUUUUGGAGAAAAGACUCAUUAAGCAUUUAAGGAUCUAUCGUCUUUGUGUACUUCAAGAGGGUCCAGAUUUAGAAUUAUACUACAACCCACUGUCCCUAUUACGGUUGGGUAAUUGGUUGUCAGAAUGCUGUGCAGAAUCUGAGAAUAAGCAGCUGCUACCAAUGGUAUUGGCAAGUCUUAACGAAUCCACAGACACGUAUUUGGUAGCAGGUCUUGCUGCAAGAUACCCAAGGGGGAUGGAUAUGUUGCAAGUGCGUAAACCAAUUCUAAACAAUUUUAGCAUGGCGUUCCAGCAAAUUGCUGCACAGACUGAUGCAAGAGUUAAAAUAGACAAUUUUGAAAGUUCCAUUAUUGAAAUUAAAAGGGAGGAUCUAUCUCCAUUCCUCGAGAAAUUAACGCUAAGUGGUCUAAUUUGA